AUGGGUCUCUUCAGCCACCACCACCACCACCACCACGAUAAGCACGACGAGCACAAGAACCACGAGGGCGGCCACCAGAACGGUCACCAGCAAGGUCCCGGUGGACCCCAGGGCGGAUUCCAGGGACAGCAGGGUGGUCCCCAACACAAUGGCGGUCCUGGAUUCGGAGGGCCCCAGGGUGAAUUCCAGCGACAGCAGCAGGGUGGCCCUGGUGGCUUCGGAGGACCUCAGGGUGGUCCUGGAGGCUUUGGCGGACAGCAGGGUGGACACGGCGGCCAUGGCGGCCACGGCGGACCCGGUGGUCCUCAGGGAGGCCACGGUGGACGUUAA